AAUACCAGACCCGAUAAUAAAUACCAAACUCGCGUCUUCAAAAUCAAACCAAUACCUUAUAAUUGCUUCUAAUAAGCUCCAAAUAAGCACUUAUAAUAAAGAAAAACGAAAUUGAGUUUGAGAGAGGGAACACUCACCCCACACAGCGUCUUGUCUUUGUAUUGUCUCCGAUACAUAAACCCUAAUUCUCAUUCUCACCUCUUCCUACUUCUAUAUUCACAGAGAUGUCGAGUUCUAAAGUGCUCCAAGGACAAUCAAUCCAACUAUUCAACGAAGGUAUUGGUUUGAUUUUGAGCCGUUGGUCGGCGCUCCGAACUGCCGUUGAACGCGAGUGGGGUGGCCGUAACUCUCACCUUAAAGCUCAACAACUCGCCGCCGACGUACUUUCUUGGUUCACUCAAUCCAAAGAGCCGCUUUAUAUUGAUGACCUAGAAGCCUUACUCGAUGAAGGCAUGCUUUCUUUCAAUUUAGAGAUUCAAGAUGGAAGCGUUGAAGAGGUAGCUGAAGAACUAAUGAUUAUGCACGAAGAAUGCUUAGAUGGUAAUUUUAGUUCUGUCGAGCGUCUCAAGGAAGCGAGCCGUAAUCCAGUUGCUUAUGCUCAUGUGGAAAAGGUGGUGAAUGGUAAUGAAGACGAUGACGAUGAGGAUGACGAUUCUGAUGAAAGCAUUACAGAGGAUGGUAAUUCGGCAAACAUGGAUGUGGACAUUACAAAACCCGAAUCUAAGGCGAAUUCCACUAACAAGCCAGUUAAUGAGCCUCAGCCAGAGGUUGCAGGUGAAGCGGAUGAUGGAUGGGUUGUGGUUUCGAAAAAGAAAAAUAAGGGUAGAAAGAAUUAGAUGAAAAUCAUUAUUUUUAAGGAUGUGUAGUUUCCCCCAAUUUUGUUGUGUUUUAUAAGCUUAUUUCAAACCUUUUUGAGUUGUGUGUUAUAUGUGGACUUAUUUAAAGGAAACCAUCCACCUUAUGAGAUCUAAUAUACAGAAACAUAUAACCGGGCAUGUAAUUUUUGGAAAUCUUACAUCGCUUUUUUCCCUAUACAUGUUUGUAUGUUGUUCUUUUUGUAUCA